AUGUCAUUCAUCCAGGACCCUCGGUUGCGGCAACGGUGGAACCAGAUCUCGCACAAUGCCGAAGCCGUCACCGAGAACGCGGUGGCCGGCAUCUGGACGUUUCAGCACCGGUACAUCCACCCAUGCCUGGCCGGGGUCGGCAACGCGCUCGACAGCUGCACGAGCGUGUGCUUGGGCGGCGACCGGGAGGAGCGGGCGCGCCGGGCCCGCGAGCGUGACCGCGGCGCACGGCGGACGCGGGCCGAGUACACGUUUGACUUUUACGACGACUGGGACGAGGCCGACGACGAAGGGCCCGGCGGCGGCGGGCUCGGCCGCGGUCUGCUAGGCAGCUGGAGCGGGACCCGCAGCGAGGACUGGGACCGGCUUCUCGCCGGGUCGGGCACCAGCGGGGCGAACGACGCGUUGGCAGAUCAGCCUCGGCGGAAGAGGGGGAUGAGCUACGGGACACGCGGCGUCGGCGGGGUGCGGAAGGCGUCGGGCGAAGAGGACCCGAACGUGAUUCCUCGGACGGCGCCGCUUGGCUUCCUCGGACGGUUACCCUUCAAUAUCGGAGGCACACUGCGCUACAAGCCCUCGGCAGCGAACCUGCAAGAUCACCCCGGCGGUCCCACACACGCGGGCGGUGGCGACGGUGGCGGCGGGCACGGCGAGGAAAACGAGCCUCUGCUAGGAACAAGCGAAGACGAGGAGCAAGAUGUACACCGCCGCUUAGAGCGCUCGCCGCAGUACAGGCCCCGGAGUAAUACUGUCGAGUCCGGGGACACUUCAAGCUCGUAUAGGUCAAGGGGCGACCUGUUUCCGAGCGACGGCGAGGGCGACGAAGACGCAGUAGCACUGGACGACGAAUUCACAAUGGCGCUAUCACGUGUAGAUAACGACAGGAGCAGCAACAAGACGCGGAGCAGCAAGGGGAAACGGCGGGCGGACAUGGAUAUGUCAAGAACCGUAUCCCGGACGACCAUGUCGUCGGGCCACACACCUGAUUCACGUAGGGGGUCGAGUAAUCAUACGCCGUUGUCCUUCCCCGUCUUGGAGGACCGAGUGGAAUCACCUGCACCACUGACGAUACCGACACCGUCGCUAGAGGACCUGGAGCAAGAGGAGGCACAGGCCGCAAGAGAAGAGCUCGAGGAAAUUGAACGCAGACGGGUAGCGGCCUCGAAAUUGGCCCUGCAGCGGGGGCUAAGCAAGGACGAUCUCACGACGGCGCCAGGACUGCUGCCUGCGGCAACUGAAACUCAAGAGGACAAAUAUGGCGAGGCAGAGCCUGAGCACGACGAGAUCUUUGAGGAGCCAAAACCAAACCAUCUGGGGAUUGUUCCUGCAGAGCUGGCCGUACGAGACGUUAAAGCGAAGGCCAUAGACGAGGGCCAGUUCAUCCCCGCGCGACUACCAUAUUUUGGGUGA